UAAUUAUGAUAGGUGACUUUUUUAAAUUUCCUGGUUAAUGUUUGACCACUCUCUGGCCUGGUGAUAAUUAACUAACCGUCACACUUAAAUAGGGCUUACGUAUAAAAAAUUGACUAAUUCUUUAGACUUUUAAUUACAAGUAAACAAGUUUGAACAAGUAAAUUCUAUCAUUCUGUUUAGUUUAAUUCCUGUGCCAUUCAACAAUCUCGAUAAAUAUCUAUGAAUCUCGGCCACCCAGCAUCUAUCCAACAUCUAAGGCGUGAAAUUCUCGACAUCAUCAUUGUGGUAGGAAAAUACUUUGACAAGUCAUUCAAAAGUCAAUGUCACGUCACAAUUGUCAACUGUCAAUGUCAAUAAAUGUAAGUUUCAAACGACCUCAAAAAUAAAAUAAUAAAUAAAUAAACAAGUUCCUAAUGAGUAAAAUAUUGCAAAACAAUAAAGUGAUUAACUGGUUUUACUAAGACAAGAAUAUAAUUUAAAACUCUUAAACUAAAACAUACAUGACAAAAAUUUUAUCCUUAUUGUGAUCUAACCAAAAGUAAGUGCAGGUAUGUCGGGGGACGGUAGUGGCGGUGGUGGGUCGGCGGUGGCCCUAGUGACCGGAGGCUAUGAUCAUACAAUCAAGUUAUGGCAAGCACACAGUGGCGUCUGUUUACGGACCAUGCAGCACCCUGAUUCCCAAGUGAAUGGGCUAGAGAUAUCUCCAACUGGACAGAUGGUAGCAGCGUGCGGCUACCAGCACAUUCGCAUGUAUGACUUAGCCAGUGCCAACCCAGACCCUGUUGUCAAUUUUGAGGGAAUUACGAAGAAUGUUGCCAGAGUUGGAUUUCAAAAAAAUGACCUUUGGAUGUACACCGGUGGUGAAGAUUGGACAGCUAGGAUAUGGGACCCAAGGGCUGCACCACAGUUCCGUUGCACAAAGAUAUUCCAAGUGCAAGCUCCCGUUAAUACUGUUACAUUGCAUCCCGAUCAGACACAGAUUAUGGUGGGCGACCAAAGUGGCAUAAUACACAUUUGGGACCUUCGGACUGAUCAGAAUGAACAGUUGAUACCAGAUGCUGAAGCGUCAAUCCAGGAUAUAGCAAUUGACCCAGAAGGCAAGAUGAUGGCUGCAGUGAACAACAAGGGCAACUGCUAUGUGUGGUCAUUGGGAGGCGCAGCCCCACAUCCCGUACCACUCAAACACAUUGUUGCACAUUCUAAAUAUGCUCUCAGAUGCAAGUUCAGCCUUGAUUCUACAAUGCUUGUAACGACGUCUGGCGAUUGUUCAGCUAAAGUGUGGCGGACCAGCGACUGGACACUGUUGCGGGAACUGCGCAAUGACACGCAACGGUGGGUGUGGGAUGCAGCCUUCAGUAUCGACUCGCGAUACCUUUUCACGGGUUCCUCAGACAGUUACGCCCGACUCUGGGACGUAGAAAAGGGCACCCUAGAGAGAGAAUAUUGUGGACAUCAGAAAGCCAUCACUGCUCUUGCCUUCAGAGACCAGGCAGUUUAAUGUUAACUUUAAAUUAAGAAAAUUGUACAUGAAUUAUUUUAUGACGAAUAUUGUUUCUCACAAGUGUCUGAUUAAUAUUAUGACUCAAAUUGUUUGAUAGGUUAUUUGCAUUUAGUAGUGCCAUUAAUUUCCACAGAGGUUUCCUCGGAAAAUGGUCUGUAAUUCAACACUGUUCCUUUUAAACAGACUGUCAUGAAGAGUUAUUAUUUAUUUUUGUUAUUUUUAUAUGCCAUAUCAUGUUGUGUCAAACUGUCCGUUUCAUAGUGUAAUCAAGAAAUAGUUAAAUGCAUGUUACACACAUUACUGCAGUUUUAACUAUAUAAAUCUUUGAACUAUACCGACAAAUCGUUAGGUGUGAACAGCAAACAAUUGAACUGUACAGUUUUAACUGAAGGUGUGUAGUCUGUAUCCUGGACCUGCAGGGCUGUGUACAUAAUGGAUAUUUUGAUGUAUUGUCCUUAUGAAUUAAUCAGACACAAUAAAGCUGGUUGUAAGUCUAUGUUUAUUAAUUAGGUAAUUGGUGGAUAAUGUCUAUCUAUUUACAGAAUUUAACCCUUUAACCGCCGACAACGUAAUAUUACGGUUUUCGAAAGCUGUGUCCGAAUCGCCACAUACGUACA